AUGUUUUUGAGGACAUUAAUUUUAUUUUUUAUGCCAUUAAACGUAAUUCAUUCCUGGGGCGCUGAUGAUGAGCAGCGGAGAAUACAGGCGAUAAUUGAGGAAGAAGAACGCUCAUUUAAUGAAGAAAUGAAGCCGCAGACCCAGAUGAAAUACAAACAAAAAUUUGGCGGACCGUCGUUGUACUAUUCGGAAAGAGGGGAAUUUACCGGAAGUCCGAGGGCCGAGCCUUUGACUGGAGAUCGGCAAGGGGAAAUCUAUUCCCAAGACGAAAACUGGUGCUACUCCUGCGUCACCCCGCUCCAGCUCCUCUCCAAAGAUAUGCAAACCUCGGUUAAAAAUUUCCUGCAAAUGAGUAGAACCGAGUAUCCUAAAGAACACGUGACGCAAGAGUGCCUGAACGGCCGAAACGUCUCCAAGAUUCACAAGCAAAAAUGUCUACAUAAAUACUGCCAAACCCUCGUCUUGAAUGACCAUAAUCAAGGAGCGUCAUUUGUACUGCGGGGUUGCGCUGAGAACUUUGGCGCCGUCGACCCGAAGAAGUUCGAGGAGAAGGAGGAGAACUCGUGUACAAAGCUACACCAUACCCUCGACAUCCGGGAGUGUAUCUGCAAAAAUCGCCAUUUCUGCUUUGCCAGUCACAGCUUCAGAAAAUCGUCUAAUAACCCAUUUUCCGUUUUCCUGAGCUUCUUAACUGGUUUCUGCAUCGCCUUUUUCCUUUUGACG